GCUUAAAGGGGGAAGGAUAGCAAAGGUCUCCUUUCCCAGAAACUAGAGAUUUUGCUACAGAAGAGUAGUCUAGCAAAAACUAAUACCGCGAUACAGUGUUAGUAGGUGUUAGACGGAAAGUUUGAAUGCAUGCUUCAACGCCGUCACUGAGUUCAUGGUCAAAUAAGGUUUCGUACUACAAAUAAACGGAUUAUACGAAACGUCGUGAACUCCUUAUUUGUGCUUUCGACGCUUUUAACAUCGUUGUGGAAGAAAGAAGAUGGAAGAAUUCUAUGAUUAUUCUCGGCAUAGUUAUUGUUUGGCAAUCGAUUUGGGCUUUGACACCAUCAACGCUCAGCUCAUAUACAUUAUUGAAUCCGCAAAGGAAGUUGCAAAUAUCAGCAAGGCAUACCGCACCUCAAUGUUAUAUGACACUACCACGAGAAAUAUCAUUGCCAGAGGCAACAAGGCUCGUGAAGCGAAUGAGAAUCCGAAAGGGCUCCAGGAAGGCGUUAUUUAUGUACGCAGUACCUUAAACGAGCUCUCUGACAUUUAUUUAAAAUCCAAGCAACAAUCUUUCGAUAAUACAGCAUUGUACGCGCUCUUGUACGAGAAAGCUAUAUACCUGUUACAAAAAAUAGUGGAUCAUUAUAAAAAAAAAUUGAAUAGUGCAAAGGAUUUCUGUUAUUCUUUGAAUCUUCCAACCAGUUGGGAUUAUAAAAUAAGAGAAGAAUUGUUUCGACCUCUAUUCGUAAAGGCUGGUCUUCUUCAUGAAAAUGAUGGUCCGGGCAGGCUGCUGUUUUUUUCGAUGUUAGAGUUAAAUUUUCAAAACUUGCAGAUGAAAAGAGGAAUUCCGGACGCCACAAACUUAAAGUAUGGUGAUCAGCGCGUUAUGUGUACAAUAGAUUAUCAAGGUACAUACUCCGUGGAUUUGAAAUUGGUAUCAGCUCAAUAUCCUGCUUUCAGAUUAGCACAAAGAAAGAUGGUGCCACAAUUGUUGAAACAAACUCACUUUGUAAUCCCGUUUGGACCAAAUGAACUACGAUUGUCAUUAAUAGCAUGUGUAGAAAAGCAUUGUGAUACUACGUUAUCAUCAGAAUCUAUCGACGACAUGCUUGAUAAACUCAGUCGAAAAGAACAACAGGUGGUUUCUUAAAUGAUCAGCCAUUGCCAGACUUAAAAUCUCGCAGGACGAAUAGAUCAAUCACUUUAGGAGACAUACUUGAAUAUUUUUCAAGUUAUGCAGAAAAAUUCUU